AUGCUCUCGCAGCUGCUGAACCCCGAGCACCACGCAGAGGUUCAGCAACACUCGACGCCCUCCACCGCCGCGCCCCCGCCAGCGCAGUCGCAACCACCUACCACCACCAACGGAGCGUCCUCGCAGUCGUCGUCGCCCACCCCCAUGGCCGGUUCCGUAAUGACGAUGCCGGCGAUGGGCGUCGCCAUGCAGAACAACGACGAGCACCGCCCCGACCUCCCGCGCCCGUACAAGUGCCCGUUGUGCGAUAAGGCCUUCCACCGUCUCGAACAUCAGACGCGCCACAUCAGAACGCACACGGGCGAGAAACCACAUGCCUGCCAGUUCCCUGGCUGCACGAAGCGCUUCAGCAGAUCCGACGAAUUGACCCGCCAUUCUCGCAUUCACAACAACCCCAACUCUCGUCGCGGCAACAAGCAGCAUGUCGCCGCAGCCGCGGCAGCAGCAGUGCAAGCGGGCAUGUACGACAACAACGCCCUACAGCAGCAGAUCAAUCAGCUGCACCAGAUGAACCAAAUGAACCCGCUCAGUCAACUCAACCAGAUGAACCAGAUGAACGUCCAGAUGGGCCAGAUCACCCCAAUGAGCCAUCUCAACCAGUCGACUCCGAGCCAGGUCAACCCCAUCAUGCCACCGCCCCCACCUCAGCAGCAACAGGUGCCACCUCCUCCACCUGCACAGGCCACGCAGUCGGCCCCCAGCUCGCAACUCAACUCGCCAAACGUUUCACCACCUCACUCGUACGCCUCGACGUACUCGAGUACACCAGGGUCCUACAUCACUCGCAAUGUGAGCGGCGAUAUUAGCCCCGCAGCGGGCAAUGGGUACAACCACAGACCGAUGGACAUCAACCUGCUUGCGACUGCUGCGUCUCAGGUUGAGCGCGAGAACAGCACCUCGAUUCCCAACCAACAUCUCUCGCUACCGUCAAGACAUAACUACCCAUCGCACCCUUACCAUCACCCAUACCAUACAGGCCGGAUGCCGUCAUUGUCAUCAUACCACUACUCGUCGAAUCCAACUUCUCAGCCAAUGUCAAGAUCGCAUUCGCAUGAAGACGACGACCACCGGCCCGCAAAGAAGUCGAGACCAGGCUCUCCUCAAUCAACGGCGCCGCCAUCGCCGUCAUUCUCUCACGCCUCGGCUUCACCCACCCCAGAUCAUACCCCACUAGCGACACCGUCGCAUUCUCCACGACUUCGACCACAAUUCUUCCACAAUGGUGUGCAAUUACCGACUUUGCACCAUCUCUCGCUUGCGCAUCAGCCACCACCAGCUCUUGCGCCCGUCGAACCAUCAGCUGACGGACAUCAGCCUUACGUACCAGCACAGCAUAGCGGGCUGAGGAUUAGUGAGAUUAUGGAGGCAGGGGAUGGUGCGCAGCGUAAACUGCCAAUUCCAAUGGUAGCCCCGGCGAAAGAAUCGAAUUACACCGUCAAGGAGCUGGUCAAUCCCGGCAGUGGCGCCAGUAGCGGUCAGAGCAGUGCCCGCCAGAGCGAAGCUGGGAACGACCUUCAGGAGCGACUAUAG